AACUCGGCUUAAGGUCACGUGCCCCUGUCUCAUAUAAAUACCUCACGAUACCACAAAACCCUAGUUUCCUUCGAACGGCCACUCUCUCUCGGUGAGCGACAGAUUACUCCGAGGAUUUUCCAGGAAAAUCGUCUCCGGAGCUGAUUGGUGAUGGCACCAAAGCAACCGAACACUGGCCUCUUUGUGGGUCUAAACAAAGGACAUGUUGUGACGAAGAAGGAAUUGGCUCCCCGACCUUCUGAUAGGAAGGGGAAAACGAGUAAAAGAGUCCAUUUUGUGAGAAGUCUCAUCCGGGAAGUUGCUGGUUUUGCUCCCUAUGAAAAGAGAAUCACUGAACUGCUCAAAGUUGGGAAAGACAAGCGUGCACUGAAAGUGGCUAAGAGAAAGUUGGGCACUCAUAAGAGGGCCAAGAAGAAGCGUGAGGAAAUGUCCAAUGUUCUCCGCAAAAUGAGGUAAUUGAUGCGACAUUUACUGUGCCUGUUUUAUACAUAAUUAAUGCAAAACUUAACAAGUUCUUACUGUUUGUUUUUGGGCCUUACUUUGUCCAGAUCUGCUGGAGGUGGUGAGAAGAAGAAGUGAGCUCUUGGAAGUGCAUCUCUUCUUUCAGAGUUUUAUUGCUAGCAAACAAAUUAUUCCAUUUAGAUUUUGUUCAAGUUUGUCUUGUUAAACCAGAGCUUCAAAUUUUGCAAUUUCACUGAGACUGUGAGCUUGUUAUUUUGGUU